AUGUUUAUGACUGAAAGGGUGUUGUUCGCUGCUUCUGUAGGGCCUCGAGCUUUUCCAUUCAUCAACAAAGUACAUUUGGUCUGGUCCUCAGCGUUUUCAAGAAUUGCAGCUGACACUUAGACAACGGUAGAACAGCUUCCAAUGCUGUACUUCUUCAACAUCUGCCAAGCUAUAUCUGAGUAAAUACUCUCUGUACCUGAGGUACCGCGAGGUCGAGGAGCGAGGAAACGUCGUACAUGAAUUAACGAUGAAUCGCCUGACAAUUUUCCGCAAAGGUUUUGUGUUUUGACUACUUCUUCAUUAAGAUCAAAUAGAGUCCGUCGGCCGUCGGACUUUGAUGUAGCAAGACUCCCGUUGCCUGCUGAUACAAUUUAUACUUUCAUCCCGAACAGCAAUACUUAUGGGAAUGGUUCUGGGUGCACUACGACUUAGUGCCCAGUCUGCUACAUGCUGCUGCCUCAAGAGUUUGAUGAUUAUUUGUUGGGAACGAUCCACCAUGACACACUAUGGUUUGAACUUACGAGAACGAAGAGUCUCUUAAUGAUGCAAGCGAGCUGCCAAGUCGCACAAUCGUCUAGCGUCACCUUACCUCGAAUACCUCGUCCGAAUAUCCAUACGCUUCGAAAUCAUAAGCAUUUGAUACUGAACAAUCACUUCGCCAUGCGGCCACCUAUGUGAUGACUUGCGGGUGAAUUCCGUGAUCGGAUCUGAGCAAGCUUACCAAACCACAACCACGUUGCAUGUCGGAUCUAACACCGCACUGGCCCGAACACAUGUUUGAGGUAAAAUGUCAGAUGAGCAUAUUUCAAUCGACAUCACAAGCUUGUCAUUAAAUUGAUAUCUAUGAAGCAUUCAGCAGCGCCCCCGAUUGCAGCCGAUCGUCUAUUUGAUGAUAUUUUCGUUCCUCGCGUCGGUUACCGGUGAAUGGAAACGUCACAGUUUGUUUUGUGUACAAACUGCGCACCUUGUCCUGCAUGGCGUGCCUAUCAAUCCGUCAAUGUUGGAAGUGUGCGCGUUCUUAUUGAUUAUCAAACAUAAUCAUGAUUAUCAAAAGUGAUGCAGAGCUUGUGUGUACUGAAAGAGCUAGUGACUCUGAACUGCAAUUUGCUAUUGAACGGUUGUCAAUCGGUCAGCCACAAAUGCACAUGUACUCUCUGCGCCACGGCCUCGAUAACAACGUAUCAAAGGGUGGCAUGACUCAGUCAUCACGCACAAUUUUGAUGUAUUCAAAUUUGAUGGUUGGUUGUUUGGACGAGUCAAUCGAAUCAAGCAAUGCUGGUAAAUGGGUUUGCGUGUCCGCACCGAUAAUAGCUGCGUGGUAAGACUACAAGGAUGACCGUGCGACGUGAUUUUUUUAUAGGAUACUACAGCGCUGGUCAUGAUUGCUUUCGUUAACAACCUUGCAUCGAUACGGAGGGCAUUAUGACAAUUAGAGGCGAAAUCAGUAUUCGUGCCUGUCACGCGAUUUGCAGCUAUAUACAUUUGAUGCAGCUGUCAGCAGAGCUGAGUCUCACUCUUUAUCUGGUACCAAAGUUUUACAAACUGAACGCGCCUGUAUUCCCUGCUAACAUUAGUAAUGAUCAAUACACGAAAACUCGAGAUAUCGAU